AGCGCUGCUGGGUCUAGGGCCAGCGGGCCUAGCACCCACCUGUCCCCCGCAGAUUCGCUCGGGAAUCCGUCCAAGACUCCAAGUAGCCAACCAUAUCGCAACUGCUGCUCCCCGCCGGCAGCGUCAGCGGCGACUUCUCCCUCCGCUCCCCUCUCUCUUUCGCUCGCCUUAUCGCCCUUCUCUCGCCCGCGACGGGGAGGUCCGCCGUUCCGAUCACUACCCCUUCGCGCCGCUGACCUCAGAGGAGGAGGCAUGAGGCUGCUGCCGAGGGAGGCGGACAAAUUGGCGCUGCACAAUGCCGGCUUCCUCGCGCAGAAGCGCCUUGCCCGGGGCCUCCGCCUCAACUACACCGAGGCCGUCGCGCUCAUCGCCGCGCAGAUUCUUGAGCUUAUUCGCGAUGGAGACAAAACCGUGACAGACCUCAUGGACCUGGGGAAACAACUAUUGGGCAGGAGACAAGUUCUUCCAGCUGUUCCAUACCUUUUACAUACUGUGCAGGUUGAAGGAACAUUUGUGGAUGGAACAAAACUAGUUACUGUACACGACCCUAUCUCCUUGGAUGACGGAAAUUUGGAGCUAGCAUUGCAUGGUUCUUUUCUCCCAGGUCAUUGAUUCUAAUGAGCAUGUCUGGUUCAAUUAUGUUCAUGAUUUUUCUAAUUUAUAUGGUUACAGACUUGAUUGAUGUGGUUAUGGAGUCUGUGGAGAUCUGCCUUUUUAAGAAUGUUUUUCAAGGGCAGUUAUGUCCCUGAAAGUCUUUCAUGUAUUGUGCUAUUCAUGCCUUCACCUGAAAAGUUUUCCAGCGAUGACGUUGAAGAAUAUCCUGGUGAAAUACAUUACAGUUCUAGUCGCAUAGUCCUAAACCUUCAUCGCAGGGCUUUAUCUCUGAAGGUUGUUAACAAGGCAGACAGACCCAUUCAGAUUGGAAGCCAUUACCAUUUUAUAGAGACCAAUCCUUAUCUGGUUUUUGAUAGGAAAAGGGCCUAUGGCAUGAGGUUGAACAUACUUGCUGGAACAGCUGUUCGGUUUGAGCCAGGGGAUGCAAAAAGUGUUAUACUUGUAAGCAUCGGAGGUCAUAAGGUAAUCAAAGGUGGAAAUGGCAUUGCUGAUGGUCCUAUUGACAGUUCAAGUCUUAAUGUGGUGAUGCAGAAGGUUAAUGCAAAUAGUUUUGGACAUGAAGAUUAUCCAGAUGCAAGGGAAGGUAUUAUUGGUGAUGGUUCAUUUGACUGUACUGUUGAUCAUGAGAAGUAUGCGAGCAUUUAUGGACCUACCACCGGUGAUAAGAUUAGGCUUGGUGAUACCAAUCUUUAUGCUGAGAUUGAAAAGGACUUCGCCUUUUAUGGUGAUGAGUGCAUAUUUGGCGGUGGAAAAGUUCUGCGUGAUGGCAUGGGACAAGCUUCAGGGUACCCAGAAUCUUUCUGCCUAGAUACAGUUAUAACAAAUGCUGUUGUGAUUGAUUAUACCGGAAUAUACAAGGCUGAUAUCGGUAUAAAAGGUGGACUUAUAGUUGCUAUUGGAAAGGCUGGAAACCCUGAUGUCAUGGAUGGUGUCCAUAACAACAUGAUUGUUGGGGUCAAUACUGAAGUUAUUGCAUCUGAAGGCAUGAUUGUCACUGCUGGUGGCAUAGAUUGCCAUGUCCACUUUAUAUGUCCUCAGUUGGCAGAAGAGGCAAUUGCAAGCGGCAUCACGACAUUGGUGGGUGGUGGAACCGGACCAGCACAUGGAACUUGUGCCACAACUUGCACUCCAGCACCAUCUCAAUUGAAAUUAAUGUUGCAGUCCACUGAUCAAUUGCCAAUUAACAUGGGAUUCACAGGCAAGGGAAAUACUUCAAAACCUGAAGGAUUGGCUGAAAUCAUUAAAGCUGGAGCAAUGGGUUUGAAGCUGCAUGAAGAUUGGGGAACUACCCCAUCCGCGAUAGAUAAUUGUUUAUCUGUUGCAGAAGAUUUUGAUAUUCAGGUCAAUAUACACACAGAUACCUUAAAUGAAUCAGGCUGCGUGGAGCAUACAAUCGCAGCUUUUAAAGGUAGAGCCAUACAUACAUAUCACAGUGAAGGUGCUGGUGGCGGUCAUGCUCCAGACAUCAUCAAAGUUUGUGGGGUAAAAAAUGUGUUGCCCUCUUCAACAAAUCCUACCCGGCCAUUUACUUCGAACACUGUAGACGAGCACCUUGAUAUGCUGAUGGUUUGUCACCACCUUGAUAAAAACAUUCCAGAAGAUGUAGCAUUUGCCGAGUCUAGAAUUCGAGCUGAAACAAUUGCUGCUGAGGACAUAUUGCAUGACAUGGGAGCCAUAAGUAUUAUAUCAUCUGAUUCACAGGCCAUGGGGCGCGUUGGAGAGGUGAUAACACGAACAUGGCAAACUGCAAACAAGAUGAAGGUACAAAGAGGUAGUUUACCUGGAUCUGGUGACGCUAAUGCCGCCCCGGACAGUGACAACCUCCGUAUAAGAAGAUACAUAGCAAAAUACACAAUAAAUCCAGCAAUAGUGAAUGGGUUUUCAGACUUUGUUGGUUCUGUUGAGGUGGGAAAAUUAGCUGACCUUGUUCUUUGGAAACCAUCUUUCUUCGGCGCUAAACCAGAACUGGUUGUAAAGGGAGGUGCAAUUGCAUGGGCUAACAUGGGUGAUCCCAAUGCUAGCAUUCCAACACCUGAACCUGUUGUGAUGCGACCUAUGUUUGGUGCAUUUGGAAAGGCUGGAAGUUCCAAUUCAAUUGCAUUUGUGAGCAAGGCUGCUAAAGAAGCUGGUGUCGCAACGGAGUACAGACUAGAAAAGAGGGUGGAAGCUGUAGGCCGUGUUCGAGGCCUGACAAAGCUUGACAUGAAGCUCAACGACGCCCUCCCGAAAAUAGAGGUCGACCCGGAGACCUACACAGUGACCGCUGAUGGAGAGGUUUUGACAUGCCAACCAGCACCCACACUGCCACUGUCUCGGAAUUACUUCCUGUUCUAGAAAGCCACUGCAUCAGCAAACCACCACCACUACUCACGCCCUAUGCAUGCACAUCGUCAUAUACGAGUAUAAAAGAUGCAAGUUCAAUUCUGUACGCUACCCUCUUUUUAAUAAUAUGGCCAAUGAGCAAAUUCUUUGGCAGUAGAACACUUUUGCCCUCUGCUAUCUGCAGAUGCUCGCAUAUUUGUGCGGAAUAAAACUUGGAACGGUGUAGAUUUCUGUUCCCUGCUCCAAAUGUGGCUAUACAUACUGUUGUAUUUGCCGAGUUGUUAUCUUCUCCCAUGUUGUCAAGGUUGCCACGUAUAUUAUUCAGA